GACAAAGAAAAAUAUAAACUAUUCUGGAAUGGUCAAAAGACGGCCAAAAAUGGUGUUGGAAUUUUUGUCAGAGAACCGCUAGCCCAAGAAGUACUGGAUAUUAAAAGGAUUAGUUCACGUCUCAUGUGGAUCAAGCUUCGCAUAGAAAAGCAAACAUUGAUUAUUUUUUCUGCAUACGCACCACAGACAGGCGAAUCAGAAGAGAUGAAAAAUGACUUCUGGACUGCAUUCUCUGACACCAUCUCAACAAUACCAAAAUCUGAAACAAUCCUGAUUGGAGGUGAUCUCAAUGGCCACGUUGGA